CUAUACUAAAUGCAUUGAAAUAGUCUGACUUUCUCUUGGUGCUAUCACAGUCAAUCAGGUUACAAAAAUGACAACUUACACAGACAAAGGAGAAAAGCCCGAAGGAGGCAAAUUUCUGCACUUCCACUCUCUCACAUUCUGGGUUGGAAAUGCUAAGCAGGCUGCCUCGUUUUAUUGUAACAAAAUGGGAUUUGAAGAACUGGCCUAUAAGGGUCUGGAAACUGGCAGCAGAGAAGUGGUGUCUCAUGUAAUACAGCAGGAUAAGAUCAUAUUUGUCCUCUCAUCUGCUCUCAACCCUGAAAACGAAGAAAUGGGAAAGCACUUGGUGAAGCAUGGAGAUGGCGUAAAAGACAUUGCAUUUGAAGUCGAGGAUUGCGACUUCAUUGUGCAGAAAGCUAAAGAGCGUGGGGCAGUGAUAGUGAAAGAGCCCUGGGUAGAGGAAGACAAAUAUGGAAAAGUGAAAUUUGCAGUCAUCCAGACGUAUGGCGACACGACGCACACGUUAAUAGAAAAUCUUAACUACAAAGGUCUCUUCUUACCUGGCUUUGAGCCGCCUCUCUUCAAAGACCCACUGUUACCAAAGCUACCAAGUGGCAAGCUGAGUUUCAUUGACCACGUGGUGGGGAACCAGCCGGAUCUUCAGAUGGUCCCUGUGGCAGAAUGGUACCAGAAGAACCUUCUGUUUCAUCGGUUCUGGUCUGUGGAUGAUAAACAACUGCACACACAGUUCAGUGCCCUGCGUUCCAUUGUGGUCGCCAACUAUGAAGAGACCAUAAAAAUGCCCAUAAACGAGCCAGCAAUGGGCAAGAAAAAAUCCCAGAUUCAGGAAUAUGUUGAAUACUAUGGAGGAGCUGGAGUCCAGCACAUUGCUCUGAACACCACUGACAUUAUUACUGCUGUCACCAACCUGAAACAACGGGGCAUGGAGUUUAUCGGGGUUCCAGCCACUUACUACCAGCAACUGCGAGAGAAGCUGAAAUCUGCCAAAAUCAAAGUUAAGGAAAACAUCGACAAACUAGAGGAACUGAAAAUCUUAGUUGACUUUGAUGAGAAAGGAUACCUGCUUCAGAUCUUCACUAAACCCGUUCAGGAUAGACCCACUGUCUUUCUGGAAGUCAUACAACGCCACAACCACCAGGGAUUUGGUGCUGGAAAUUUCAAGUCUUUGUUUCAAGCUAUAGAAGAUGACCAGGAUGCAAGAGGAAACCUUACCAUACUGACUGCAAAUGGAGAAACUAAUUUCAUCUAGAGCCUCUCAGCAAGAGAUAGGCAGCAGGCACAAUUACUUCCAUAUAUGAAAGUUCCUAUACAAUUUUUUAAAAAAUCUCCAAUAAUUUGGGUAAUUAGCCCAACACUAAGCAUAUAAACCAAGGAAAUGCACGGUUAAGCAUGGGCGGCAGGUAUAAUAGGCCAGAGGUGGCUAAGCCGCCCCUAACCCAGGCCAUGGCCCUACCCACACUCCACCCUGAUGCUCCGCCUCUCUCUCCCCCUCACCCCCGAUGCUGGUGGGGCUCAGCUCAGACUGGCCCAGGGGUUGGGCCGGCGUGGCGGGUCUGUUUGGGCCCGGCUGGUUUGGGCUGGGCCAUCAAGUCCGUUUGGGCUGGGUCGGGCCAGCGGGUCAGGUAGGUUUGGGCCAGGUUGGUGUGUUGGGCCGGGUUGGGUCAGGGUGGCAUGUUGGGUCAGGUCGGGCUGGCGCGUUGGAUCGGUUCAGGUCAGGCUGGCGUGUCCGGUCGGUUCGGGCAGGUGCGUCGGGUUGGGGUGGGCCAGAGCGUUGGGUCAGUUCUGGUCGGGCUGGCAUGUUGGGUCAGUUUGGGCUGGCACAUUGCAUAGGGCUGGCGCGUCGGGUCGGGUCGGGCUG